AUGACAAACUUGAUGGAUAAAAUUCAGAGUUUAUAGAAAGGUCAAAAACUAAACUAAUUAAUAGAUAAAGUUAGACAGGAGAAGGAUUGUUUUCAAACUAAUUAAUCUGAUGAAGACCAAAAUUCUAGAAAUGAUACAGCUAGUUUAUUAUUCAUUAAUGAAAGAGAUAUUAUUGUUCUUUAUAUUGAUACUAACAUAUCUAUUGAUAUCUACUUUAAUGAGAUAAUAAUUCAAGAAGAAGAAUUGAGUGAGAAUAAACAAGAAUCAGAAGUUUGA